AUGUCGACGCUGGCCGGAGAGCAGGCGCCGGAGUUCGUCGAGAAGGUGCCCGGCGCGGACAAGGUGGUGGUCGCGUGCGUUUCCGGGCUGGGCAUGGCGAAGGCGGAGAUGUCCAUGGCAGAGGAAGGGGCGUACCCGUUCCUAAGCUCGUGCUCGUCCGUUCCUGUUCGUCACUCGUUGGAGGCUGGUCGUGGCCGCAGCGCGCCGAGGGUGUCGGACGUGCAGCCGGGCGCGGCGCUCAUGCUGUGGGGAGAGAAGCCUACGGUUCCCAUGGAAGAGAUAGCGGCCAUGAGCUUAGUCGAGGUGUUCCGAGACUGUGAGGUGACGUUCGCGGGCAGCAAGUCUCCGGGUUGGAAAGACGACGUUACUUUCCUCCCCUCGUCGUCCUCAGCAUCGUCCGAAACGCACCCGCCAGCGUCGAAACCUGAGCCCGCCGGCGUCGGCGACGGCGUUGGGGGGGGAGGGACAGAACAAGGUGAUCCCGGCCCGGCUGCGAUUGGCGGCGAGGAGGGUCAGGUGGGGAUCGAGACACCGACACGGCGAAAAGAAGCAGCAGCGCGGCAGCAGCAGCAGCAGCAGCAGCGGCAGCAGGCGACGACCUGCCAGGGAAAGUUCUGGAGGAACCAGAACCGUGACAGCGGGCGGUACACCCUCGAGGUGGGAGAGGGGGGGGAGGCGGCGGUCCUGACGCUGAGCUGGGACCGCUGGGAUGACGAGGUCGUGGUCCUGAAGGAUAGGAGGCUCGGGAUCCGAUUCGAAGGCAAGGGCCACAGCUUGUGGCUAAACCUCUCUUGUGCUCGACGCUUGACAAACGAGGAGAAAUCGUUGUCUAAAAGUGCGCAAGCCGCGUCGACACCGGUGCUUCGAGUGGUGGCGGUCGACUCUACCUCCACCCCCACCCCCACUCCCGCCGCCGAACCAACCAACACGCGCGCUUCGGAAAGCUCCGAGCCUGCAACAGCAACGGCUGCUGGGGCGCUGGCUGCAGACACCGCGGAACCUUCGUCAAAGAUGAACCACGGCGGUAGCGGUAGCGGUAACGUUGACGGGGACGAGGACGUUGUCAUGGUGAAAGUUCCGCUGGAAUCGCUCAACCCUGAGGCGUUCUGCUUGACACCGGCUGCCCGCUACCGGCUCGACAUGCCGAUCCGGGUCUCGGAGGAAGGCCCGGGCUACGUUUCGAGCGACCAGCCGAUGCCGCCGCGGACCCAAGAAGAAGAAGAAGAAGAAGAAAAUUCCAGAAGAGAAAGGAGGGAGCGACAGGAGAGGAUUUGGGACAAGGCGCAGGCACACCGCCGCAAAGAGCAAGAAGAGGAGGAGGAGGAGGAGGAAGAAGAGGGCGCGAUAAAGGAGGAAGAUGGUGAGGUGGUGUUGGGAAUCGAAGCGCCUUCGCCGAGCCUUCCGCCGCCGCCGACACCGCCGUCGUCGGGAGGCAGUGCCUCAGAACCGGCUCCGGCCCUUGCGGCGCCGGCGGCGGCAGGGUCGGGGACGGUCUCGGGGGAAGAAGGAGAGCAGCCUUCCGGAGGGUCGGCGGGCGAUGGCAAGGGCAGGCGGCAGCAGCAGCAGCAGCAGGAUGGGGAGUUUGUGCCUCCGUCAGCGGGUAGGCUGUGUCCGAUCCCGUCCGGACCCCACAAGGGAACGGUCAUGUUGGGGCUGGACUGUGAGAUGAUCUACACGAGCGAAGGGCUGGAGCUUGCACGCGCUACUCUGGUGAACGUGAAGGGCCAAACGGUCUACGACAAGCUUGUGAAGCCCACGCUCAAGGUCACGGAUUACAACACGCAGUUCAGCGGCAUCACUCCUGAGAUGCUCAAAGGCGUGACGCGGACUCUGCGAGACGCUCAGCGAGAGAUCCUGUCGUUCGUGGACGCCGAGACUUACCUGGUGGGGCACAGCCUGGACAGCGACCUCAGGGCGCUCCGUCUUGUCCACCGCCGUCUCAUCGACACGUCCGAGCUGUACCCCAACCUCAGGGGCAUUCCGUUCAAGAACGGCCUCCGCGUGCUCAGCAAGACGGUGUUGGGACGAGCAAUCCAGGGGGGGGAUGCCGGGCACGACAGCGGCGAGGACGCGUUUGCAUCGCUUGAGCUGGCCCUGCUGAAAAUGCACAGGGGUCCCGCUUUCGAGCUGCCGUCGGUGUGGGCGGCCAAGCCGAACCCUCCGAAGGAAAGUCUUUUCGAGUCCUUGGAACGCCGCGAGCCAACGAGGCCGCUACGGUGCAAGGUCAGCGGCGACCUGGAAGCGAGGGGCUCGGCGGAGCACCCCCCGGGGACACCGCUGUGGUCCGUCUUCAACUGCGGCUACCGCCGGGAGCAGGACGCGGUUUGGGCGGCGACCCGUUUCGGGCACACGGACCGAGAAGCAACGAGCCAGGAGCAAUCGGCCUCGUCGGUAACGGUCCAAUCGAACGGCAAAGACGGUGUCUCCCCUGCCCCGGCUACCGCCGACCCUACCGCCGUGGCCGCUCCAGGAGGCCAAGCGCGAACGGCGCCGGCGGUGACGGUCGACGCGGCCCACUUCCCCACCGCCGGAGGCAUGCUGAGGGAUGCUCUCGGGUCGCUGGCGCCGGCCGGGUCGCCGCCGCCGCCCCCGUCGCUGCUGUGGGUGGACCUCCCGUGCGACCCGCCGAAUGACUUCGACCACGACGGCGGGGACAGGCAAUGGAGCUCACUGGCCGAGGUGGACCGCGCGGUGUCCCAGCUGUACGACAAGAUGGCGGAAGGGACGCUCCUGGUGGUGGUGUGUCAGGGCGCCCUCACCUCCAUGGUGAACCUGGCGGCGAAAAGGACCAAGAGCAAGUGGGACGCCACCAGCAAGGAGAGGAUGGACACCAUUGCCGGGAAGAAGAGAGAUCAUUCGCAGAUUUCGACGUUCGACCGUCGGGACGAGGACGACCUGGUGAUGGCCACCAGCGAGUGCCUCAACGGGAUGUGCUUUCUCGCGUCCAAGUAG